GCCACUUCUCUUAUCCUUACAUUUUAUCUCUUUCUGCCAUUCCCCCCUUCUCUCUCUCUUCUUUCUCUCUCUAGAAAUAUUUCAAGAGUUCUGUAGCUACUUCUCGACAUUUUGUCUGUCUGCAUACAAUCUCUCUAAGCUAAUACUGUCUUGCUAGCUUCAUUUGGACUAAACAAUCAGAAUACACACACAAAAACAAAAAAAAAAGAUUGCUCUUUUACCAAAGAUGAAGGGGGGAAUUGUACGGAAGAAAGAUAUUUGAAAGUUGGAUAUAUACAUGUAUGUAUGUGAAUGAGUGUAUAGGAGAAGUAUGUCGUGCCUGCUGCCGCAAUUCAAGUGCUCGCCGGACACUUUUGCAGUCAACUUCAAGUCUCAGACCCUUUUCACCGUCCACUCCUCGAAAAGUAGAGAAUCGAUCAAUUUCCGAACACAAUGUGUCUUAUCUACCACAUCUCCGCCACCAACUAUGGCGGCAACAACUACACUCCUUGAGUUUGAGAAGCUACAGCUAUCGCCAUUAGAGACUAUUCCCAAUUCACUCCCUGCUGAUAGAUCGUGGACUACACCAAGGGCUAAAACGUCAUUGCUCGACCUCGACAAAUUAACUUCCUUACCCGUUGCUUCGAACAAAACAUUGACGUAUGUCGGAUCAGUUGGCCCCCCUUCUGAGAUAAAUCUUGGAGCAAAUUUGGAUAAGGAGGCUCUUAUUACAAGUGACGAAGCUGUUAUUACAGCUGCUGCAUCCGAAGCACUGGCUUUGGCUAAGGCAGCGGUAAAGGUAGCGAAAGAUGCAGCUAUGAUGGUCAGCCUACACAGAUCGACAAAACCCGAUACAAAAAGCUUUCUUGAAGUUGACACCUCAGCUGAAAGAGUUGUUGUAAGAGAGGCUGAAAUUGGGUCGGGGGAAAAUGACGAUCAUGUCCUUGGGGAAUCCGAUGAUUCGGAGGAGCCUAGUGCGGAGGAACUUGAAUUGCUCGAUUUGCAGCUCUCCAGUAGUAUAGCUGUUAGAUCGAAGCGUCAAAUAGAGCGGAAAGUGAGGAGAGGCAGGGCAGCGGAGAAGGCGGCAGCGAACGUUGUGUCUGUGAAAUCUGGUUCUUCGAAGAAAAAACGAUCUCCUGUACAAGAAGUGGAUUACUCCGAUCCUCUUCGUUACUUGAGAGCUACGACAAGUAGUACUAGGUUACUUACUGCCUCGGAAGAACAGGUGUUGUCCGAAGGGAUUCAGGUUCUGCUGAAGUUGGAAAGACUACAAGUGGAGCUUAUCGAGCGUUUCGGUGGUGAGCCUAGUUAUUCACAAUGGGCUGCUGCUGCUGGUGUAGAUCAGAAAACAUUGAGGGAGCAAAUAAAUUACGGUAUUCUCUGCAAAGACAAAAUGAUUAAGAGCAAUAUACGACUAGUUAUUUCUAUUGCCAAAAAUUACCAAGGAGCUGGAAUGAAUCUUCAAGAUUUGGUUCAGGAAGGAUGUCGAGGCCUUGUGAGAGGUGCGGAGAAAUUCGAUGCCACGAAAGGUUUUAAAUUCUCCACAUACGCUCACUGGUGGAUAAAGCAAGCAGUGAGGAAAUCCCUUUCCGACCAGUCCAGAACAAUUAGACUACCCUUUCACAUGGUUGAGGCAACGUACAGAGUGAAGGAGGCUAGAAAGCAACUGUACAGUGAAAACGGAAGAGUUCCGAACGAUGAAGAAGUUGCUGAAGCGACAGGUCUAUCAAUGAAACGGCUUUCUGCAGUGAUGUUGACUCCUAAACCACCUCGAUCCCUUGACCAGAAAAUCGGGGUUAAUCAAGACCUCAAACCCUCGGAAGUGAUUUCAGACCCUGAAGCCGAAACAUCGGAAGAGUUGCUGAUAAAGCAGUUUAUGAAACAGGAUUUGGCGGACGUUCUCGAUAGUUUAAACCCGAGAGAGAAGCAAGUUGUGAAGUGGAGGUUUGGUAUCGAAGAUGGUAGAAUGAAGACUUUGCAAGAAAUCGGCGAGCUUAUGGGUGUGAGCAGAGAGAGAGUGAGGCAGAUUGAAUCUUGCGCGUUUCGUAAGUUGAAGAACAAGAAAAGAACCAAGCAGUUGCAACAGUACGUAAUGCAGUAACACUAAACCCCCCACCCCACCCCACCCCGCGCUACCCCUGCCUCGUUUCAUGUCUCGAGGGCGUUAGAGUCAUUUCGGUUAGCACAAGAUCACACUUUGCGGAGCGUUGCAUUCGUUAAAUCGACACCUUCAUUCUUGAGGCUCGUUGUUCUGGUUGUUGUUAGAGAGUGAAUAGUUCAGAUCUUUCUUUUUCUUUUUAAUUGUUAAUAGCACAUUUUUGUAUUAUUACAAAAAUACAAGGUUUGUUUUUUUUGGUUCAUGUAAGGAUGUGUUCCAAAAGGCAAGAAUGAUAAUUUUGAAUUUUUUUAAUUUAUUGCAUAUAUGCCCCUGAAGUUUUGAU